GGAAAGGAUAGAGGAAAAAAAAAAAAAAAGAAACAUCGAAAAAUAAGAAGUUUUGUAACCCUAAAUCUCGAACCAGUAGAAUUUUCGCUAACCCUCGAUUACUACUGAAAUUCCAUUUCUCUCUACAAUCUACAUUCAUCCAUUCCACUUUUCUAUCUAAAAUCUUCAAUUUCGUAUUUCCAGCAUCAAUUCAGGUCACUUUACAAUUUGAAGGAAUUUUUCGACGAUUUCAAUAUUUUGAAGGGCUUGAUGCUGAUUGAAGUUGUGGGAUUUUGGAUGAUAUUUGGAGCAUAAUGGCAAGCUAUGCGGGUAAAGGUGUUCCUACAAAUGGCUCUAUCUAUGUUUGUAACCUACCGGAAGGGACUGAUGAUAACAUGUUGGCGGAAUUCUUUGGUACCAUUGGAUUGCUUAAGAAAGAUAAAAGAACUGGUCGACCUAAAAUUUGGUUAUACCGAGAUAAGGUGACAAAUGAACCAAAGGGCGAUGCAACAAUAACCUAUGAAGAUCCUCAUGCUGCAGCAGCUGCUGUGGAAUGGUUCAAUAACAAAGAAUUUCAUGGAAACGUAAUUGGUGUUUUUAUAGCAGAGUCCAAGAAUAAGGAUGAAGCAGUGGAUACAAAUGUACCUGGUGAAUUUGGCGAUCCUGUUGAAAAUGCUUUGGACUUGAAUGGGGAUGGUGGAGCCGGUAGAGGCCGAGGUGAUGCUUCUGGAAAAGCAUGGCAACAAGAUGGUGAUUGGCUGUGUCCAAAUACAAGCUGCUCCAAUGUGAACUUCGCUUUUCGUGGUGUUUGCAACCGUUGUGGAACUGCCCGUCCCGCUGGUGUAUCUGGUGGUGCAGGGGGUGGUGGUAGAGGAAGAGGUCGUGGAGCUGCUGAUGCUGCUGGUAACACCCGAGCUGCGGCUGGUCCAACUGGACUUUUUGGUCCAAAUGAUUGGUCUUGUCCCAUGUGUGCUAAUAUCAACUGGGCAAAGCGAACUAAGUGCAAUAUUUGCAACACUAAUAAACCCGGAAUCAGUGAGGGAGGUGUAAGGGGGGGUCGUGCCGGUGGCUAUAAGGAACUUGACGAGGAAGAGUUGGAGGAGACAAAGCGACGCCGGCGUGAAGCCGCAGAAGAUGAUGGAGAGAUGUAUGAUGAGUUUGGCAAUCUCAAGAAAAAAUUUCGUGUAAAAACACAGCAAGUUGAAACAGUCAAGGUGCUUCCAGGAGCAGGGCGUGCAGGGUGGGAAAUUGAGGAACUAGGUGUAGCUGAUGGAGCACGAGAGAGGAGCAGGGAUAGGGGGAGAGAUCAUGAUGACAGAGAGAGCAGAAGCAGAGAGCGAGAUAGUAGGGAUCGGCGUCGGAGCAGAAGCAGAGAGAGAGAUAGGGACAGGGGAAGGGAGUAUAGGGAUAGAGAUUAUAAUUACGACAGGGAUCGAGAUUACAACCGAGACAGGGAUCGUUACAAGUACCGAUAAUAUUGUUAGCUGAUUGCUUAUUAUUCAAGGUUCUGGUUAGUUUAACAUGAUCCAUGAAUCGACGACUUCAGGUGGCCUACAGCGGAUUUUAUAUGCCAUAGCUUGCUAUAUGUAGAAAAUUUUCUUAUUUAUGAAUUUUCUAUGUUUGCUAUGUACAUGAUGGGGGAGAACAUAGUCUCCCGAAAAUGGAACCUAGAUGGACUUCGUGUCUCUGAAAAUUUGGAUCUAGAAUGACGUUUUUUGACGAGAUCAUAUGAUCCAUUUUUGCCUCAUGAGUUUAGGAUAUCGUUCGAGGUACGUAGGGGCGAAAGUAAUUGAAUGUAUCAAUUGUUUUGGUGGCUUUUUUUUGUCUUGUACUGUAACUCAUAUGUGUUGCUAUCAUAUUUAGAUAUUGAUGCGAGUACAUAACGCAAGUCUUUUUGGUUUUA